AUGGCCUCAUGCACCUGCACUGGGACUGAUCUGACCUCACUCUCUGAGGGAAACACUACACCAUUCCCUAGAGUGUGUAUCCCUCUACCCCAGCAGGAAUCCGAGAUUUCUGAACCUGCUGCGCAUUUUGACAUGGGCCCUUCAACUGCUCUGCCACCGCCGCGGCCUCUACACACCUACAUCUAUCAUGAAGAUAGAGAGAUUAAGAUCAGAGAUUCACUGAGAUAUAAGAAAAACAUCUUGUCUGAAUUCCACAGCUUUAUCUGUAUUCUUGAACAGAAAUUCUGUCUUAAUCUGAGCCAGUAUAAUACUUAUAAGAUAUGA